AAUAGUUUUCAACAUUGAAACAAAAUUAAUUUCUUUCUAUUUAAUAUCACUAUAUCAAAGAUGGCACUAUAAAAUGAUAAUGACAAUAUAUACCAUAUGUAUUCCAUACGAGUGCAAGUGGAGAUUAUAAGAAAUUUUAUAAAUUAAGUAUAAUAUGAACAAUGCAGCGAAAAAUGUUCUCCUUUCAAGUGGUUAUACUAUGCCUCUUAUUGGAUUUGGAACAUACAAAAUUCAAGGGAGAGAUGUAAUAUAUGAAGUAGUAGAUGAAAGUUUAAAAGUUGGUUUUCGUUCUAUUGAUACAGCUGUAGUGUAUCGAAAUGAAGAAGAUAUUGGCUAUGCUCUGAAAAAUUUAUUACCAAAAUAUAAUCUUCAAAGGAGUGAUAUAUUUAUUACAACUAAGCUUUCACCAAGUGAACAUGGAGAUCCAAAAGGAAUAGAAAAGUCUGUACAAAGAUCUCUUACAGCACUUAAUACUACAUACAUUGAUUUGUACUUGAUUCAUUGGCCAGGUGCAGCCAAUAUUUCAGAAAGUUCAACAAAUAAUCCAAGCUUAAGAGCAAAGACUUGGGAUAAACUAGUAGAAUUGAAGAAACAAGGAUACAUAAGAUCCAUAGGUGUAUCCAACUAUACAAUCAAACAUCUAGAAGAAUUAUUGCAAAAUUGUAAAGAUACACCACCAAGUGUUAAUCAAGUUGAGUUGCAUCCACAUUAUCAUCAAAAAGAAUUAAUUAAGUACUGCAAUAACAAAGGGAUUCAUGUACAAGCAUAUUCUUCUUUAGGAACUAGUAGCAGUACUAAUCUUUUAAGAGAUCCAGUUGUCGUAAAAAUAGCUACUCAACUUAAUGUAUCACCAGCACAAUUAUUAUUAAAUUGGGCUUUGCAACAAGGAAUUGGCAUCAUUCCCAAAGCUGUAAAGAAAGAACAUAUAAGAGAUAAUAUACAGCUAGAUUUUGUUAUUGAUGAAGAAAGUAUGAGAGCUUUAUUUUCUCUACCUCAACAUAAGUAUGCUUGGGACCCUUCCAAUGUGUAUUAGAUAGAUUAAAUGCAAAUAAAAUAAAAAAAAACAUGGAAGAUCUUGCAGA